CUUAAAAGAGGUUUGAGAAUGCAGCGUAAGUCAGAGCUACAAUUUUCUUAAAUAUUUGCAAACUGUCGUAACUACCAGGUUUUGAGAAUACGACCGCAGAGGUUGCAGAGGAUCCAAUAUUGGGGCCAUCAAGCGAUAAUUUCUUGAUACAAAACAUAGCUAAACACGUGCUGGUUAUAGGCUAUAGGCCUACAUCGGUGGUUUGAGAGGAAAGUAGUAGAACCGGAUAGUACGUCAGGUCGUGGGUGCAUCGAGAUCAUGGAAGUUUCCAAAUCGACAGUCGUUAUGGCGCUCUCCGUCAUGCACGUGUAUGCCCAGUUGAGCCCCACGGCUGAUGAUGUCAUCGACAUGACGUACCUCCUGACCCCGGACUCACUGUAUUGGCCAGGACUGCCUGGGUUUAACUACACUCGGAUUUCUAGAGGACCAGCUAAAUACGCUGCGAAGUGGCUCGAAUCCAACGAUAUAUGCGCACAAGAACAUCAAGGUACCCACAUGGAUGCGCCUGCGCACUUCAGCAAGGACAAGUGGCGCGUGCAUGACAUACCACCUCAUAGGUUUUUCGGGCUUGCAGUUCGCAUUGAUAUUUCUUCUGAGGCAGCGAACAAUAAUGAAUACAACCUUAAAAUAGAAGACGUUCAAAAGUGGGAAAAAGAAAACGGUCCCAUUCCUGACAACUCUAUACUGUUUAUCUACACCGGUUGGGGAAAGCACCAUGAUAAUCGCACGGCGUACUAUGGUUACGAGGGCACCGACAGCUGGUUGGACGCCAAUGGAAAUCCUUUGGUACGCUUUCCCGCCAUUUCCGAGGAUGCCGCCAAAUGGAUUUCCUCAAACAGAAAAAUAUCAGGAAUAGGCACCGAUGGACCCUCAGUAGGCCCCAGUAAAACUAUGAUGGCCCACGUUCCUUUCCUCGAAAAGAACAUUUUCAUCCUCGAAAGUGUUGCAAACCUAGAUAAGUUAUCAACAACUGGGGACUCCGUUGCAGCACUUCCAGUCAACAUCAAAGAUGGCAGUGGCGCCCCCGUGCGUCUCAUUGCAUUUAAAAAAGCCCAUUUCAAGCCUGGGACCGAUGACGUCAUGGACCUGACCUACCCUCUCUCUAAUGAAACGAUUCUGUGGCCAGGAAGGAAUCCUUUCCAGUUGAUUGUCCUUGAGAGGGGGUUUGCGAAACUUGGUAACAACACCGUAUGGAGUGAAAUGAACCGAUUCUGUUCACCAGAACACGUGGGUACACAUCUUGACGCGCCUGCGCACUACAUAAAAGGUUCGUGGCGAGUCCACGAUAUUCCUCCGCACAUUCUCAUCGGUCCUGCCGUCAGAGUGGACAUGAGCAAAAAAGCUGAAAAUAACACGGACGCUGUCCUUACCGUCCAGGACUUGGAAGACUGGGAGAAGGAAAAUGGCCGAAUACCUGACAACGCCAUGGUAUUUCUUCGCACGGGCUGGGGAAAAUUUGUCAAUGAUUUUGAAAAAUACCUUGGCUCUACAAACCGAACCCAUUGGGUAAAUGAUGAAGGACAGCCCCUUCUUCAUUUUCCAGGAUUUUCAGCGGAUGCAGCGAAAUGGUUAGUUAACAAUCGAAAUAUCAACGGAGUCGGCAGUGAUGCCAUUAGCUACGACGCAGGGCAAACGACGUCAUUUCCAGCGCACGUGGCCUUUCUUGGAGCCAAGAAGCUCGCGCUGGAGAAUGUAGCCAAUCUUGACAAGUUGCCGAACACCGGAACGACGGCCUUUGUGUUUCACAUGCUGCACAAGGACGGAAGUGGGGCCCCUACCAGAGUGGUUGCAAUCAAAAACAGUGCCAUCACUGCCGGUCAGGUUUCCAGCGGUGUUGAUGUUAGGCCAAAACUGGCCGCCAUGAUGAUGUCCAUUGUCUUGAUUUUGAUCAGCUGCUUUUAAUAUGCUUUUCUAUCCCUCAGGUAUCUAUAAACAGGGAAUUAUAUCGGAUAUAAUCCCCUGCUAUGAAGAAGAUGGAGACUUUUAAGCCAGUAGAAAUCCUAGGCUGCGCACAAUUAAUUACCACCACAGUAUAUGUCCUUUUUAACUAGUUAAACGAUAGUUUUAAUUGUUUUUAAUUGAUUGUUUUUCAUUGCAAAAACAUUUGUCGAAUAGA